AUGCAAACCCAUUCCCACCAACUUGCACGACUCCAGGCUUGUUCGGCCAUCCUCCACACCCACGACCGUCUCCUCGACCUAGAUUCGCCGCAUGCGAGCAAGUACUUCACGGCAGUAAACCCCGACAAACGUUUCAACGUUUCCUCCGCCUCUGGCGAAGCACUGCGAGAGAUCAUUGAAUUAGUCCGGCCGCGUGUUUUGGUGGCCAAUGCGAACCGGCUGACGAACAACCCAAUAAUUAGCAAAAUCUGUCGCGCCGCCGGCCUCCACAUCAUAGCCGACAUGACUGAAACUGCGGGCCUAGUUGCCAGCGGUCUAGCUCCUCGCCCUUUUGAGCAUGCGGACAUCGUGGUGGCCGGAACACAGGGAUCACUUCGAGGCCCCAGCGGAGCCCUGAUAUUUUCUCGCAAGGGCUCGGUAGUCAUGCCGCCUGGCUCCAAAAAUGCCCAAGAAUGGUGCAGCCUCGGGGAAGCUGUGCAUCAAUCUGUGUUUCCUGGACACCAGGGGGGCCCUCACAAUCAUGCAAUCACGGCCAUGGCGGUGGCCUUGGGGCAGGCAGCAACGCCAUCUUUCAAGAAAUACCAGGAGACGGUGUUGAAAAAUGCCCAAGCUCUUGCCGACAGGCUCCGUGAUUUCGGCUACCGUCUUGAUCUCACAGUGCCAGCCUCCCAUCGAAUCAUGAUGGACCUUGGGUCAGUUGACGCUAGGCAGGUGAACCGGGUCCUGGACGCUAUUGGAAUCGUCACAGGUCCUGUAUCUGAUAAUCGGCUUCAUUUUGGCACUUUAGCCAUGUCCUCUCGCGGCUUGCUUCCUCAAGAUUUUCGCUUGGUUGCUGAGAUCAUCCAUGAGAGUGUGGUGAUGGUCCAGGACACGAACAAUGGAAGAUCGAGAUCAGGCUCGGCUUUGGAAACUGUGAAUUUGAACAAUUGCAUCAUGGACGGUCCAAAUAUCCUUAAGAUAAGGCGAAAGGUGAGAAACAUGACGGAACAGUUUGCGGUGGUAGUAGGCUAG